GUUGGAUCCUGCCACCCAACUCAUAUUUAAUACCGCAUCAGCGCCGUGCGCUCCGUUGCUAGGGUUGCGUUUCCUGAGGAUCGCAACAUUUACCAGAGCGUGUAGGCGGAGGUGCGAGUGCGAUUGCCAUGGCGACCCAGAUGAGCAAGAAGCGCAAGUUCGUAGCGGACGGAGUGUUCUUUGCUGAGUUGAAUGAGGUCCUGACGAGAGAACUUGCUGAGGAUGGUUAUUCUGGUGUCGAGGUUAGGGUUACGCCCAUGCGAACCGAGAUCAUUAUCCGGGCAACCCGUACUCAGAACGUCCUUGGUGAGAAGGGCAGAAGAAUCAGGGAGUUAACAUCGGUGGUCCAGAAAAGAUUCAAAUUUCCUGAGAAUGGUGUGGAGCUCUACGCUGAGAAAGUAAACAACAGGGGACUCUGUGCCAUUGCUCAAGCUGAAUCGCUGCGUUACAAGCUUCUUGGUGGCCUUGCUGUUCGCAGGGCCUGUUAUGGCGUCUUGAGGUUUGUCAUGGAGAGUGGUGCUAAGGGAUGUGAGGUAAUCGUUAGUGGAAAACUCAGGGCCCAGCGAGCUAAAUCCAUGAAGUUCAAAGAUGGAUACAUGAUUUCUUCUGGUCAGCCUGUAAAGGAAUACAUUGACUCUGCAGUGAGGCAUGUUCUCCUUAGACAGGGUGUCCUUGGAAUCAAGGUGAAAAUUAUGCUGGAUUGGGAUCCCAAGGGGAAGCAAGGGCCAACCACUCCUCUCCCGGAUCUCGUCACUAUCCAUCCACCAAAGGAUGAAGACGAAUACGUGAGGCCAGCCCUGUUGGUGCCUGCAGAGAUACCCAUUGCAUGAUGAUGAGUGUUUGCUGCGGAUGAGUUUUACUAGAGGACUUACCCUGUUAUGGCUUCACAACAUAAAUUGUAGUAAGGAGGCCUAUUUAUACUUGUGAUUUUGACUGUCAUCUUCCAAACUACUCUUGUUUUUUUUUGGGUUCAUUUGCAUUUAAUCUUUCUUUCCAGAAAA